AAGAAUCUUCCCAAUGAAAAAUAAUGAAACAUUUCUUUCUCUUUUCCAAUGCUUUCAUGCUUAUGCUUUACCAUUUUUGCCUCUUUUUGUGUCCUGUUAACCUCUUUGGACUGACUUGUAUAUGAAUGAUGCUGUUAAAAUAAACCUGCUUUACUCUAUAGUGAUGUAGAGGUUUAACCAUGACAACAUUUAGCUUGUAAUUAGAUAGUUUGAAACGUGUUUUUAAUGAGUUUUUAAUCAGUUGGUUCAUUAACAGUUUCAAGAGUUUUCUUGUUUUCAGUGAAUCUGCAUCAUGACAUUAACUUUAGGUUUAAAACCAUAACAGUAACACUGUGAAUUAAUGUGGACAUUGUGUAAGUAUUUAGAGAAAUAGAUUUGUUCUCAAUAAACAUUACUUAAGUUUUUAUAUAGAUAGAUUACAAAUGCUCCAAUCAAUAAAUCAUUUACAUUUUAUCUACUUUUUAAAAUAUUUUUUGUGCAAAUGUCUUGUAAAACAUAGAGGAUGGAGAGGAUCAGUUCUUUCAGCUAAAUAUUAAAUUCUUUAAGAAGAACUGUUAUUGAUGUUGAUUUUUAUAUUUUUAGUCACCUUACCUCCACGCACUGGCGCAGGUUCUUCUACACCUGUUGCCACCUUACCUCCACUCACUGGCGCAGAUCCUUCUACACCUGUUGCUAUCUCUCCUCCAAGCACCGUGGCAGCACCAACUGCUGCAACCUCCAAACUUCCCCCCUCUAACAAACCCACACCCACCUCUCUAUCCACCACCUUAAAACCUUCAAGCUCUUCAAUAAAAACAGCUGUCAAUACCUCACAUCCAAGCACCCAAAAUGAUACUUCAACCAACAACCAGUCAACCAAUCAAACCACCUUACCUGCAAGCAUCUCAAAUGAGAAUUCAACCAACAACCAGUCAUCCAAUCAGCCAACCACCUCACCUCAGCCAAACACAACCAUGGCUGCCACCACAGCUGAACCCAGCACGAAUCUAAAGUGUUCCUACAGUGUUGAGAAGAUCAAGUUUGGUCUAAAGAUAAAGAUGACAGAUUCUACUCCUGGUUACUACACCAUAUAUGUUGCUGAGAAUGAAGGUUCAUUUGAAAGGAAAGGCAAUUUUUCCUUCCCCAGUAAAAACUCAAAUUAUGACAUCAAACCUCUGAAGCCGUGCACCGAAUAUGAGCUAAAAGUCACAUUUAUCGACUCCAAUGGUGCAGAAAAACCCUGUAACAAAGCUGAAGAUAAAACAACAACUGGAAUGACUGAACAAGAAAUUAAAAACAUUUCCUGCCCUCCUGGAUAUUUCUGUUACCAAAGUGGUUGGAACAUCAGCUCUUUAUUAUCAGAAAACAAGAAGGUUUCAAUUGAAGACUUCAACAAUGGAUCGUAUCGUUUCAAACAUGCUUAUGACGAAAUGUGUUCAGAUUUAGUUUUGGAGUUUCCUCCAGAAAGCUGCUCAGAUGUCACCUUUACCGUGUCUGAAAACUUCACUGUUGAUUUUAUUGAUCCAAAUGACAUAAAACAGACUGGACCUACUAAACUUCCUGCAGAGAUAAAACCAGAGUUACCUUCAAGCUGUAAAGAUCUCAGUGUUGAGUAUAAAUGUUCAGGAAUCAACAAUGACUCUGUUGAACUUUCUGACAUGAAGCCGUUCACAAGCUACAGCUGUACUGGUGACAUCAAGAUGAACAAUGUCUCCAUAAAUAAGAUGACUGAACCUGUCCAGUUCAACAUCUACUGUGGUGAGUUG